CUCGUUGCUUGGAAGUAACAAUUCACUGAUAUAUCGUAUCGGGCAUUUCGUUAUCUAGUCGGUCAUAUACCUAGUCCACAUUUCUACCGUUCUCAUUCCACAAUGGCUGCUGCUGGAGGCCUUACUGGCGGUCACCCGCCCUCGGUUCGCUCUCGCAACAUUGCCAUCUUUAGUGUGAUCGGCAUGAUCGCUGGUGGUUGGAUGUUCUUCCGCGCACAGUCACCAAGCAAGGAAGAGAAGCUGUACUCGCAAAAGGACGUCCAUACCAUGGUUGGCGGGCAGACAGGCGAGAACAGAGUUGGUCGUGCACCUAGCCAUCAGAAGAAGGAUUGAUUCAAAUGUCUGAUCAAGGGUUGUGCAAUAGCAAUCAAAUGGGCAUGAUGGGGGCGUCUGGUGUUAUGGCCGUUAUUGUCUGCAUGUCAACUGCUAUCUUCCUUUCUCAUGUACUAUAAUGAUAACGUUUUUAUGUCUAUGGAAUGGAUGCAUAUCUGUCAUG